UCGAUCAGUUGCUGGCGUGCGCUCUAACCCUGCGGGUGUGUGUGAUCGAGUCAAAAAUAAGUCAAAGAGGAGAACGCGUCCGAGGACGAAAACGAAGUUUAGGAGAAUCGAAUAUCAAAUUCAGUGUCAUUCCCGCCGUAUCCUUACUGGCCAUGCGCAGGCGCAAAGUGCAGAAUCAUUUCAACAGUGAACGACAGUGUGCGAAAUAAUUAAAACUCAAGUGGCCAAACCCCCCACCAGCCGGACAGAAAAAACAUUUCAAGUGUCGAGCCACAGCACCAGCCUCGAUUUAAGUAUUUGCGUGUGAAAAUUCGUGGAAUUCCAACCCGCAGCGGCACGGCCCCGUCGCUUAUUGUGCCAAGAAGGAGCCGCAAAAUGGAUUUAUCGAGGCGGUUGUGUACAACUGCCUUGAUAGCAUUCAUUGUAUUGGCUGGCAUACCCGACUCCCAGAGUAGAUUUCCUGGACUGCGACAAAAAAGACAAUAUGGCGCGAAUAUGUAUUUGCCGGACAGCUCUGUGACGCCCGGCGGCGAGGGUGACGAUCCCAAUGAGUGGACGGAAUGGAGCUCGCCCUCGGAUUGCUCACGCACCUGCGGCGGCGGUGUGUCCUAUCAGACGCGUGAAUGUCUGCGAAGAGACUACAAUGGCGAGGCAGAGUGCAGCGGCGGCAAUCGUCGCUAUUAUUCGUGCAACACGCAAGACUGCCCGGAGGAGGAUCCCGACUUUAGAGCCCUGCAAUGCUCGCGCUUCGAUGACCAGCGCUUCGAUGGCGUCAUGUACGAGUGGGUGCCCUAUCUGGGUGCACCCAAUCCUUGCGAGCUGAACUGCAUGCCCCGUGGCGAACGCUUCUACUACCGCCAGAAGGAGAAGGUCGUCGAUGGCACUCGCUGCAAUGACAAGGAUCUGGAUGUGUGCGUCAAUGGGCAGUGCAUGCCCGUCGGCUGUGACAUGAUGCUGGGCAGCGAUGCCAAGGAGGACAAGUGCCGCAAGUGCGGCGGCGAUGGCAGCACCUGCAAGACGAUUCACAACACUUACAGCUCCAGUGAUCUAGCCCCAGGCUACAAUGAUUUGCUGCUCGUGCCACAGGGCGCUACCAACAUCAAGAUCAUUGAGACUGCCCCGUCCAACAAUUAUUUGGCAUGCCGCAACCUCUCGGGGCAUUACCAUCUAAAUGGCAACUGGAGGAUUGACUUCCCACGGCCCAUGUUCUAUGCGGACUCAUGGUGGAAUUAUCAGCGCAAACCCAUGGGCUUUGCCGCACCCGAUCAGCUCACCUGUCCCGGUCCCAUCUCCGAGAGCAUCUUCAUCGUGAUGUUGGUGCAGGAGCGUAAUGUGAGCAUCGACUACGAGUACAGCAUCCCGGAAUCCCUCAGCCACAGCCAGCCGGACACGCACACGUGGACACAUCGCGAGUUUGGCCCGUGCAGCGCCUCCUGCGGCGGCGGCACUCAAUCCCGCAAGGUCACCUGCAAUAACCGAGUGAACCUACAAGAGGUCGAUGCCGCUCUCUGCGAGAAGGAGUCCAAGCCAGAGGAGGAGCAAGCCUGCGGCACAGAGCCCUGUGCUCCGCACUGGGUGGAGGGUGAGUGGAGCAAGUGCUCCAAGGGCUGCGGCUCUGAUGGCUUCCAAAAUCGUACUGUGACCUGUGAGCGCAUCUCUUCGGAUGGCGAACACACAGUGGAGGACGAUGCCGUGUGCCUCAAGGAGGUUGGCAACAAGCCCGCCACGGCCCAGGAGUGUAAUCGUGACGUCAAGAACUGCCCGAAGUAUCAUUUGGGUCCCUGGACACCCUGCGACAAGCUGUGCGGCGAGGGCAAGCAAACCCGCAAGGCCACCUGCUUCAUCAAGGAGAACGGCAAGAAGCGCGUCCUGCCCGACGAGGAUUGUGUGGAGGAUAAGCCCGAGGUGGAGAAGACUUGCCUGCUGGCACCCUGCGAGGGCGUAGACUGGAUCAUCUCUCAAUGGAGUGGAUGCACCGCUUGCGGACAGAACACGGAAACCCGCACUGCCAUUUGCGGCUCUAAGGAUGGCAAGGAGUACCCAGAGGAGUUCUGUCAGCCAGAGGUGCCAACGCUCUCCCGCCCCUGCAAGUCCCCCAAGUGCGAGGCUCAAUGGUUCUCAUCGGAGUGGAGCAAAUGCUCCGCUGCCUGCGGCAAGGGUGUCCAAUCGCGGAUCGUCAUCUGCGGCGAGUUUGAUGGCAAGACUGUGAGCCCCGCCACCGAUGACAGCAAGUGCAACAAGGACACAAAACCUGAGCAGGAGCAAGAGUGCGAGGGCGAGGAGAAGGAGUGCCCAGGCGAAUGGUUCACCGGACCCUGGGGCGAGUGCAGCAAACCCUGCGGCGGCGGGGAACGCACACGCGAGGUCCUGUGCCUAGCCAAUGGCACCAAGGCCCUCAACUGCGACGAGUCCAAGCUGGAGUCCAUAUCCGAGAAGUGCAACCCAGAGGCCUGCACGGAAGACGAGAUUCUGCCACUGACCAGCACCGAUGCACCCAUCGAGGACGACGAGGACGACGAUUGUGAUGAGGAUGACAUGGAACUGGUCACCGACAGUCUGCCCGAUGAGCAGAAGAUCUCCUCCGAUGGCGUUGAUCUCGAUGACGAGGCCAAGACAGAGUCCACGCUCUUCACCGAUGAACUAAUGCUCAGCGAUAGCCCCGACACGACCGCGUUCGAUGCCUCUGCUGCGACAGCAACCACGGUGGAGGGUUCGGGUGACGACACAGACGCCACAACGGACAGCGGCAUUUCGACUGAGGGCAGCGGAGACGAUGAGGAAACGUCUGAUGGAACAACGGGUGUGUCCAGCUCCACGGAUGCUUCAUCAAGCUCUAGCGACUCCAGCGAUUCCACAACCGAUGACAGCGCAUCUUCAGUCUCUGAUUCAAGCGGCUCCACGGAUGAGUCCACGGAAGUUUCUGGUGGCUCGACUGAUGCUUCGAGCGCCACAGAAUCCAGCGCCGAUACCACAGAUGUCUCCAGCUCCACGGAGGUUUCAGGCUCCACAGAUGCUUCCAGCUCCACGGAUGUUUCCAGCUCCACGGAUGCCUCAGCCUCCACCGAUGUUUCAGGCUCCACGGAUGCCUCCAGCUCCACGGAAGUUUCAGGUUCCACAGACUCCACCAGCGACUCUUCCGACAAAACAUCCGACAGCAGCGACUCAACAACUGUGGCGACGUCUGAUGCCAGCGACACCACUGAAGGUUCCAGCGAUUCCACAGACGUUUCUAGCUCAACGGAGAGCUCCUCGGACAGCACCAGCGAUGGUACUUCCUCUUCGACAGAGUCCUCGGCCUCGACUGAGUCCACUUCGGAGGAGACAACUGAAACCACACCCGAGACCUCAACAGACACAACAGAGUCCACGCUGGAUGCCUCAUCCACCACGGAUGCCUCCUCCACGAGUGAUGAUUCAUCCUCCACGAGUGAUGCUUCCUCCAGCAGUGUUGCCUCAAGCGAGAGCACAUCCGAUGGCAGCACAACGGACUCCACAGAGACCACAACUUCCUCCGAUUACUCCUCCUCAACCUCCUCUUCAGACAGCACUGAAACGACAGACUCGUCCAGCGAUGGUUCAACAACAGAAAGCGGCAGCACUGUGGAGAGUUCCACGGAUGUCAGCUCCAGCGAUGGCUCCACCGAAUCACCUGAAUCCACUUUGUCCACCGAAUCCACAGAGGCAGCGAGCACAGACUCCACCGAGAGCACUGAGGCUGGCUCCAGCGAGGGCUCCACCACAGAAGGCAGCACCGUUGAGGAUGUGUCCGGAUCCACGAGCUCCACAGAUGCCACAGAAUCCUCUUCCACGGAGUCUUCAUCCUCCACUGACGUUUCAGGCUCAACGGAAGCAACAGAGUCCACUGAAUCCACCGAUUCCUCGGCAUCUACGGAUGCUUCCGAGUCUACGGAGAGCGGCGGCACCACAGACACCACCGAAAGUGGAGCCACCGAGGAGAGCACCACCGAGGGAUCCACCGACAGCACCACCGAAGGAUCCACCGAGAGCACACAGUCCACAGAGCUGGGCAGCGGCACCAGCGACAUUUGGAGCUCCACCGACAACGAGGAAGAGUCCAGCACCCCGAACACCUGGGAGUCGGCCAUCACCAAGGAUAAGCCACGCAAGUGCAAGCCCAAGAAGAAGGAGUGCGCCAAGUCCAAGUACGGCUGCUGCCCCGACGGCAAGUCCACACCUAAAGGACCCUUCGACGAGGGUUGUCCCAUACCAAAGACCUGCGCGGACACCAAAUUCGGUUGCUGCCUGGAUGGCGUCUCCCCGGCGGAGGGCAAGAACAACAAGGGCUGCCCCAAGUCCCAGUGUGCCGAGACGCUGUUCGGCUGCUGUCCCGAUAAUUUCAGCGCCGCCGAAGGCGAGGACAAUGAGGGAUGCCCCGAGACGACGACCGUGCCACCCACCACCACCACGGAGGAGUCGCUGCCAGAGUCCACCACUGAGAUCGAGGGAUCCGGCGGUGAUUCCACACAGGUGCCUGCCCUUGAGGGCAAGUCCUGCUCCUUUGCUGAGUUUGGCUGCUGUCCGGAUGCCCAGACCCCGGCCAAGGGCAAGAACUUCGAAGGCUGCGCCGCUCCAGAGACACCCAAGGGCUGCGAUCAGUCCGAGCACGGAUGCUGUCCGGAUGGACGCACAGCUGCUGCUGGUCCUGGCGGUGAGGGCUGCUCGGCCUGCACCCGCGAACAGUUUGGCUGCUGCCCCGACUCCGAGACGCCUGCCCAUGGACCCAACGGCGAGGGCUGCUGCCUGGACUCUGCCUUUGGCUGCUGCCCCGACAACAUUCUGGCCGCUCGAGGACCCAACUUCGAGGGCUGCGACUGCCACUACACGCCGUACGGCUGCUGUGCGGACAAGCAGACUGCGGCUCGUGGCUACAACCAGGAGGGCUGCGCCUGCGAGACGACUCCCCAUGGCUGCUGCCCCGACAAGAUCACCGCUGCGAAGGGAGCCAAGUUCGAGGGUUGCCCCUGCGAGACGACACAGUUUGGCUGCUGCCCCGAUGGACUCACCUUUGCCAAGGGACCGCACCACCACGGCUGCCACUGCACCCAGACGGAGUUCAAGUGCUGCGAGGACGAGAAGACCCCGGCCAAGGGACCCAACUUCGAGGGCUGCACGUGCCUGGAGAGCAAAUUUGGCUGCUGUCCCGACGGUGUCAGCAGCGCCACGGACGAGAAGUUCGGCGGCUGCGAGAAUGUGCAGGAGCCACCACAGAAGGCCUGCGCCCUGCCCAAGGAGACGGGCACCUGCGGCAACUUCAGCGUCAAAUAUUACUUCGAUACGAGCUACGGUGGAUGCGCACGGUUCUGGUAUGGCGGCUGCGAUGGCAAUGCCAAUCGCUUCGAGACGGAGGCCGAGUGCAAGGACACCUGCCAGGACUACACCGGACAGCAUGUGUGCCUGCUGCCCAAGAGCGUGGGCCCCUGCACGGGCUUCACCAAGAAAUGGUACUUCGAUAUGGAUCGCAAUCGUUGCGAGGAGUUCCAGUACGGCGGCUGCUACGGCACCAACAAUCGCUUUGAUAGCCUCGAACAGUGUCAAGGAACGUGUGCGGUCAGCGAGAGUAUUCCCACCUGCGAACAACCUGUGGAGAAUGGUCCCUGUGCGGGCAACUUUGAGCGUUGGUACUACGACAACCAGACGGACAUCUGCCGACCCUUCACCUAUGGCGGCUGCAAGGGCAACAAGAACAAUUAUCCCACGGAGCAUGCGUGCAGCUACAACUGUCGCCAGCCGGGCGUACUCAAAGAGCAAUGCUCACUUCCUAAGCAAACUGGUGAUUGCAGCGAACGGCAUGCCAGGUGGCACUUCUCGGAGAGCGAGAAGCGCUGCCUGCCCUUCUACUACACUGGUUGUGGUGGCAACAAGAACAGUUUCCCCUCAUUGGAGUCCUGCGAGGACCAUUGUCCCCGGCAAGUCGCCAAGGACAUCUGCGAGAUCCCUGCCGAGGUGGGACAGUGCGCGAACUACGUCACCGCCUGGUACUACGACACCAAGGACGAGAGCUGUCGCCAGUUCUACUACGGCGGCUGUGGCGGCAACGAGAACCGCUUUGCCAGCGAGGAGGCCUGUCUGUCGCGCUGCGAGAAGAAACCGGAACCCACAACGCCACCACCAGCACCCAGCACCGUGGAUGUGUGCCGCGAACCAGCGAGUGUUGGCGACUGCGAUCAGUACACGCUCAAGUGGCACUUUGAUGCAGAGGCUGGCGCGUGUCGCCAGUUCUACUAUGGCGGCUGUGCUGGCAAUGGCAAUCGCUUUGAGACCGAAUCCGACUGCCAGCAGCGCUGUGCCAGUCCACCGCCAGAGACCCGACGACCAGCUCCACCAGAGACUAGGGAACCUGCUCCACCACAGACUCGUGAACCUGCUCCAGCUGCUGUCCAUCAGUGUGAUCAGCCACCUUACGUCGGCGACUGCGAUGAGUAUGUGCUCAAGUGGUACUUCAAUGCGACUGCCGGACGCUGCCAGCAGUUCUACUACGGCGGCUGCGGCGGCAACGAUAACCGCUUCGAGUCCGAGCAGGAGUGCUCCGAUCGCUGCUCGCCCAGCGUAGACAGUCGCUUUGGACAACCAGAACCAGAGCCGCAGCCAGAGCCAGAGCCGGAGCCCGAGGAGCCACGCUCAGAGCCAGACACUGCCAAGUGCUUCCUGCCCGCCGAGUCGGGCAAUUGCUACAACAACGAGACUCGCUGGUUCUACAACAGCCGAGAGGGACUCUGCGACGAGUUCGUGUACUCGGGCUGCGGCGGCAAUGCCAACAGCUAUGCCAGCGAGGAGGAGUGCCAGAACGAGUGCAAUGAUGCCCAGACCACCUGCUCGCUGCCACCGGUGCGCGGACGCUGCGAGGAUCUGUCCCGCCGCUGGUACUUUGAUGAGCGCAGUGGCGCCUGUCACGAGUUUGAGUUCACUGGCUGCCGCGGCAAUCGCAAUAACUUUGUGUCCGAGCGGGAGUGUCUUGGCUACUGCAGGGAUCAGGCACUAUCUGAACCACAACCAGCAGCACCAACCUACUCCGUGUGCACUCAGGCACCCGAGGCUGGCGAGUGCGACAAUCAUACAACAGCUUGGUUCUACGACAACGAGAAGAUGGCCUGCACGGCCUUCUCCUACAGCGGCUGUGGCGGCAAUGGCAAUCGCUUCGAAACGCGUGACCAGUGCGAGCGUCAGUGCGGCGAGUUCAAAGGAGUGGACGUUUGCAAUGAGCCAGUGACGACGGGUCCCUGCACACAGUGGCAGACCCGCUACUAUUUCAAUCGCGAUACGCGCACCUGCGAGCCGUUCACCUACGGCGGAUGUGAUGGAACUGGCAACCGCUUUGACGGGCUCUACGAGUGUCAAACUGUUUGCAUUGCAGCCCGCGAGCCGGAGCCGUCAGUGGGUACGGCGAAAGAAAUGUGUCUGCUGCCCCUGGUUACCGGCCGAUGCAAUGGACCGUCGGUGCAGGAGCGUCGUUGGUAUUACGAUGAUGAGCGCGGCACCUGCGUGUCCUUCAUCUACUCGGGUUGCUCCGGCAAUCAGAACAACUUCCGUUCGUUUGAAGCAUGCACGAAUCUCUGCGGAAAGCCCGUGGACAACGAGAUUGACAAUGAGAUUGGACAGGGUCGCUGCGAGAGCUUCGAGAACGAGUGCCGUGAGCUGCGCUGUCCGUAUGGUGUGCGCCGUGAGGCCGAUCGCUCCCAGCCGGAGUGCACCAAGUGCCUGUGCGAGAACCCUUGCGAGAGCUACUCCUGCCCCGAGGGCCAGCAGUGUGCCAUUGAGAUUGCCAACACCGGAGAUCGUCAGUUUGCGCCCGUCUGCCGCGACACGAACAAGCCUGGAGUGUGCCCCGGACUGGCGGCCAAUGCCAGCAACUGCGCCCAGGAGUGCUACACCGAUGCCGAUUGCCGUGGCGAGAAUAAGUGCUGCAGCGAUGGCUGCGGUUAUCUUUGUGUGCAGCCAGCACGCCCCACCCAGCGGCCCAGCACACGUGCGCCCACCGUCAUUUAUCCGGGCGAGAGCAGGGCCGUUCUGGAGCCCAAGCAGCCACAGGAACUGGAUGUGCAGACCUCCAUCGGUGGCAUCGCUGUGCUGCGUUGCUUCGCCACUGGCAAUCCAGCGCCCAACAUCACUUGGUCUCUCAAGAAUGUGGUGAUCGAUACGAACCAAGGACGCUAUGUCCUGACCUCGACUGGGGAUCUGACAAUCGUGCAAGUGCGCCAAACCGACGACGGCACCUACGUUUGCGUGGCCAGCAAUGGCCUGGGCGAGCCAGUGCGCCGUGAGGUGGCCCUACAAGUGACAGAGUCCGUAGAUACACCCGCAUACGUGUACGGCGACAAGAACGUUACCCAGAUCGUGCAGUUGAACAGACCGGCGGUGAUACGCUGCCCAGCGGGUGGCUAUCCGCAGCCGCAUGUCAGCUGGUGGCGCAACAACAAUUUGUUCGGCAAUCGGGAGCGUGGGCGUGCGGAGAUGGCACGCGACUUCUCGCUGCUGUUCCGCUCCAUCCAGCUGUCGGAUCUGGGCCUGUACACCUGCGAGGUGUACAACAAGCGUGGACGCCCCGUCUCGCUGCGUGUCACACUGAAGGCGGUGGGUCCGGCCCGUGCCCUGACCAACGAGGAUGCCCAGUAUCUGCAGUAUGUGAUAGAUCCGGCCACGGCGCCGGUCACACAGAGACCCAGCUACCCCUACAGACCCUCGCGUCCGGUGUAUGUGCCCCCACCUACAGUGAAUGCCCAAGCGCUGGUGGCACUGGAUCCCAAGAACAGCUACUCCCCCGGCUCCACUAUUGCUCUCAGCUGCUCAGUGCAGGGCUAUCCAGAGCCCAAUGUGACAUGGACCAAGGACAACACACCGCUGUACAGCAACGAGCGCAUACAGAUAACAUCCCAGCCACAUCGACUGGUUGUCAGCGAUGUGAGCACCGAGGAUACUGGCAUCUACGGCUGCAAGGCUAGCAACGCGUUCAGCUACAGCGUCAGCCAGGAGACGGUUACCAUUCAAUCUGUCAUACCGGUAUCGCCCGAGUGCAUUGACAAUCCGUUCUUUGCCAACUGCAAGCUGAUCGUGAAGGGCAGAUACUGCAUCAAUCAGUACUACGCACAGUUCUGCUGUAGAUCCUGCACGCUGGCCGGCCAAAUUGCGCAGCCUCAUCCCAAUGCGCUGUAAUUCCACACCUAAGCACACCCACGAAGAGAAGCAGAAUUUUUGAAUUUUGAGCUUAAGCACACGACACACAACACAACAGAACACAGGAAUUAUAAUUUAGCAUUAGCCUCAGAAGCAGAGAGA